AUGUAAAUUGACGAAGUUGUAUGGUAGGUGAUAAAUCGAGGACAUUGUUCAUUUAAGAUUAAGUAAGAAAUAAAAAAUUAAGAAUAGAACAAUCUCAUAGAAUUUCUGUAGAAAUGAGUAUAAUGUAACAGGUUUAUGUUCUAAAUAAUCUUGUCCAUUGGCAAAUUCAUAAUAUGCCACAAUUAAAGAGGAAAAGGGUUUGUGUUAUCUUUAUGUAAAAACAGCAGAAAGAGCAUAAAAACCAAAAGAAUUAUGGGAGAAGAUACUAUUAUCAAAGAAUUAUGAAUAAGUAAACAUAGAAAAAUAUAAAUUAUAGGCAUUAGCUUAAAUAGAUGAAUAGUUAAAAUAUUGGAGUAAUUUUAUGAUACACAAAAAUAAACAAAGAUUAACUAAGCUAAGACAGAUGUUGAUAAGAAUAAGGAAGAUGAGAUUGAAAGGAUUGUAAUAAAACAAUUAUUUAUAAUAGUAAGGAAUUGAUUCCAAUUAAAAAGAAGGCAGAAAGAAGAGAUAAGAUAAGAGAAUAAAAAGCAUUAGUAGCUGCUAAUUUAGAGAAUGCCAUUGAAUAGGAAUUGAUAGAUAGAUUAAAAAAUGGAGUAUAUAAUGAGAUUAUGAAUUACAAUACUAAAGCUUUUGAGAAAGUGGUUGGUUAAAAUUAAAUGGAAGAUGAAGAAGAAGUAUAUUAUAAUAAAUAAUAAUUUAUAAAGAGAGAGUAAUAGGAAUUGGAAGAGGAAGAGGAAGAUUACUCAGAUGAGGAAUUGAUAUUCGAUCCAAAUGAUUUAGAAGAGGAUGAUGAAGAAGAUUAAGAUGAUGAAGAAGAUGAUUAAAGAUUAUUUUAGAAAUAGACAUUUAAUUAAUUAAGAAGAGAAAGUAAAUAUUAAAUAAAAAUAGUAGAUGAUGAAAUAAAGGAUAUUAAAAAGAAGAAACCAAGAGUAUAAUUAUAAUAUGAAGAAGAAGAAGAAGUAGAAGAUAGAAAGAAAUAAUAAAUUGCAUUUUGA